AUGGGACAUCACAACAUUCACUAUUAUGGCGACCCGAAAGCCCUGGAUGGGAUGUGGAGUCCCCCGACGAGCAAAGCCAAUUUCUGUGAAGAGGACUACGCCGUUUCGGUCUAUCUCUCCGAGUUCAUCAACUCGCUGACCAACCUGGCCUAUGUCUACUAUGCGCUUCGCUACAUGUACGGCCCGGGUAGCCGUGGCCUCUUCGCACCCAACAUCGAUUUCAUGGCCGUGUCGCUGUUCUUGCUGGGCGUUGGGUCGUUUCUCUUCCACGCGUCGCUGCGUCAGACCAUGCAGUUCGCUGACGAGCUGGCGAUGCUCGGCCUGACCUGGUCGCUGCUCCUCGGCGCCCUCAACCUGCAGCGCACGUCUGCGCACUACACGCUGGUCCGCGUGAGCCUCGCCGUCGUGUUCCCCCUGUUUGCCGUGUUUUAUGUCUGGACGGCCAACAUCCUGUACCACACCAUUGCCUUUGGCACGGUGUUGGCCCUGAUUGUGCUGCGCGGACAUUAUCUCUUCCACUGGCGCGUCGGCGCUUUCCCGCCGCACAAGCUGGCGGGCUGGCGGGUGCGCGGACGCAAGGCGCUCAUUUUGCUCCUCGUGGGCUACGGCCUCUGGAACAUCGACCUCGAGUUUUGUGCCCAGCUGCGCUCGGUACGGGCCAAGAUGGGGCUCCCAUGGGCGUGGCUCUUGGAGCUGCACGGGUGGUGGCACGUCCUGACGGCCAUUAGCGCCGACAUGGCCAUGAGCCUUGUGCGGGACGUGCGGUCCGAGCUGUCCAACGGAGAAAAUGACCGGGGAAUCAAUGAAGACAAGAGCCAGUAG